CUGAACACACAGGAUACAGUACCCGACAUUUUACGUUAGAAUAUACUUCCUAGUUCAGCUUUAAGAACUGGGUAUACCAACUUGUUUGCAGUUCGUCAGUCUACACGUGUAAAAUUAUUGAGAAGACGUCAACUGUGAUUGACAGUUAGUUGAUAUAAACGACGAUAACAUCAUUUUCUAUGAUUAAUUAUGGAGUCCUAUACGAUUUGGCAGAUACUUGUGUUUACCAGCAUUCUAACUCAUUCAUGUCAAGGUAACAGGGAGUGCCCAACAGAAGGAACACAAAAUAGAAAUUUUCCCGUGGUACAGAUGUGUAAAGAUGCAAAUAUCAGUGGUUUUACAGGAUACUUUCUUGACGCGUUCGUACCUGCCAACACAGCAACCACCUGUAACUGUUCACUGCUGACUAACUAUGAAAUUCAGAUUAGUAUUAAUACUAUGAAACAUCCAGACGAAGGCUGUCAAUCAGAAUUCAGUAUACUGGUAGAUGAGUCACAACGGACAGUAAUUCACAACUGCAGUAAUGGAAGACCUAUCACCAAUUUUCAACAGAUUAUUAAACCUGGAGCCAUCCUCAUGAAGCUGAAGACGGUGGCUGGACACCAAGACACGACCUACUGCAUGCACAUAUACAAUAUGGCUACUUCAGUCAGUUUCAGUCUUCGGUGUUAUUCGUCAAAUGGCAGCACAACUAUCAGUACAUCUACCAGUCCAGCCACCAGCCUAACCACCACCUCAACUAGUAGUACAACCACCAGCCUAACUACCAGCUCAACUAGUAGCACAACCACCAUCCUAACUACCAGCUCAACUAGUACCACUACAUCUAGCCCAACUAGCAGUCCAUCUACCAGCCCAACCAACACCCUGAUUACUACGUCAAACAGCAGUUCAACUAGCAGCUCAACCACCAUCCCAACUACCACUUCAACUAGCAGUUCAACCACCAUUCCAACUACUACUUCAACUAGCAGUUCAACCACCAUCCCAACUACCACUUCAGCUGGCAGUUCAACUAGCAGCCCAUCUACCAGUCCAACUAGCAGUUCAUCCUCGACGCCGACCAACACCCCGAUCAUCAGCGCAGCUAGCACAUCAACUAACAGCCCAGCGAGUCCCACAUCACAAGGAAGCAUAUCAUCUACACCUCGUUCCUCAUCAGGGUCAGUAUCAACACAACCAACGACGACGGACAAAAGUGUUUCCACCAUGACGACUCAAUCUCAAGCAGAUCCAGAACCAUUCCCAGUUGCAGGUGGUGCAGGUAUUGCAGGCGGUAUCGGCGGUGUGGUGUUCAUUGUUGUUGUGGUCAUCAUCGUUGUCAUCGUAGUUAAAAGGAGGAAAAAAAAAGAUGAACAUGAUUUUGGAAACGAUGGAGGUGAUUGCUACAAGGACACGGAUCCCUGCAACUACAAAAAUGUCAAGUCAUCUAGGAAACACCAGGGUAUUUCAGCUCCAGCAGAAGCAAGCGCCAUAACAGACUCUCACCGAAACCAAAAUGGAAGCCAGAUGACUCAUACUCCAUCGGAUGACUAUGCAUCUAUUGAAGAAGGAGCCGGUGGAGCUAUGUCAAAAGCAAAGGUGAAGGAAACACAGAGAGCCAUGAAAGCAAACCUUUCUACCACAGGUGACUCUGGCAGUACAUCAACAGGACCUGACGAAGAUGAUGUUUCUGACCUGCAUGCCAAGGUUAACAAAGACAGGACGUCGGCCACAUCCAUGAGAGGAGUCGCCUUGCCCGUGAUGACGAUGAAUGAGCUGUAUACUUUGGUUGAUGAAACUGAAAAUGAUGAAAAAACCCAAGAGACUGGCGUUUCUAGUGAUGUUUACUCCGUGGUAAACAAAAAUAAGAGGUCAGAAGAGAACAGUUCUGAAUGUGAAGGGAAAUACUCUGAGACUGAAGUUCCUGGUGAUGUUUACGCUGUGGUAAACACACGGAAGAAGUCAGGAGGGGACGAUUCUGAAUAUAAUGGGAAAGACUUGGAAUCCAAAGGGGAAGAUUCUGAGUGUGAAUCGAACGAUUCUGAACCUGAAGGGAACGACGUUGAAUCUAAAGGGAAAGAUUCUGGAUGUGAAGUUUUAGAAUCUGGAUCUGAAGGGAAAGAUACCGAAUCUAAAGGAAAAGAUCUUGAAUGUAAAGGGAACGAAUCUGAAUGUAAAGAGGAAGAAUCUGAAUGUGAAGGGAAAGAUGCUGAAUUUAAAGGGGACGAAUCUCAAUGUGAAGGAAAUGAUUUUGAAUCUAAAGGGAAAGACUCUGAAUCUGAAGGCAAAGACUCUGAAUAUGAAGGAAAAGAAUCUGAAUGUGAAGGAAAUGAUUUUGAAUCUGAAGGGAAAGACUCUGAAUGUGAAGGGAAAGACUCCGAAUGUGAAGGAAAUGAUUCAGAAUGUGAAGGGAAAGAUGGUGAAUUUAGAGAGGGAGAAUCUGAAUCUGAGGGGAACUAUGCUGAAUCUAAAGGAAUAGAUGCUGAAUCUAAAGGGGGAGAAUCUAAAUCUGAAGGGAAAGAUGCAGAAUCUAAAGGGGAAGAAUCUGAAUGUGAAGGGAAUGAUUCUGAAUCUGAAGGGGAAGAUGCAGAAUCUAAAGAUUCUAUAUCUGAAGAAAAUAAGUCUGAUCGUGAACAGAAAGUUUCCGACUCUGGAGUAAAUGAUGAUGUGACCACAGAAGUUCGCAACGCGAAAAAACCUGCCAGAAAUCCUAACCUUCCCAUAGGAACGCCUGGACGUCUAUACACUGGGAAGGAUUUCAAUGAAAAGUGAACAAUGUGAGGAAGGUAAAUGUUAGAUGAUGUUGACAUCGAUUCUGUUGCAACAGUCGAGGGAGGUGAUCAAACUUCAAAUGCCUUUUGAAUAUCUCUUGUAGAUGUUACAAGUUUCAUGGAUGAUUGUAUAUCCUAUCUCUGGCAAACUGGAUGUUAAAAAGAAAGAUAAAACAAAAAGUAGCAUUGUUUCUGUCAAUAAUAAUUAUUUUUUGAAUAAGCCACCUGGAAGGUUUGGUUUUCUUGUCUUACUUUCUGAAUUCUCGUUCCAGCCUGUGCACCACGACUGGUAUAUUAAAGGUGUGGUAUGUGUUAUCCUGUCUGUGGGAAGUGCAUAUAAAAGAUCCCUUGCUGCAUUAUAAAAAAAUGUAGCGGGUUUUCUCUGUUGACUACGAGUUACAAUUACCAAAUGUUUGACAUCCAAUAGCCGAUGAUUAAUUAAUCAAUGUGCUCCAGUAGUGUCGUUAAACAAAACAAACUUUACUUUACUUUACUUUCUGAACGAACUGUGCUUUACUAUAUUGAUGCCUUAAAACCAGAAGAUACUAGUUUUGGCCCAACUGGAUUAUAUGCACUGAAAUGACUCAUUGACGCCUUUCUUAACUAAUUCUGUUGUUUGUUUGUCUGUUGUUGAUUUGUUUGUUUGUAUGUUUGUGAAUAUUAUGAACCCAAUUUAUUUGCAAAAAGUAGUAUCUAUCUAAUGCAUAAACUGUGCAAGCCAGUAGGAUCUGUAUCCAUGGGAGAUAAUUGGUUCUAACUCUAAUAGUCGAUAUGUGGCGCACCUAAUUAUUGUUCAUUUGCUGAUUUGCUGGGGUGUCAUUAAACAUAUUCAUAUCUUUAGAUGGUUCAAAAUGCCAAGUACAUAUAUAAUAACAUAUACUGAAUAGUAUUGUUUCUAAAUCACUUUUAAAGGCAUAAUAUCACGGAUUUAAGGAUCUUAUUUCUCUAAAAAUUAAUAAUAAAUAAAAAUUACAUUAACUGUUGGAAAUCAAAUCUAGCUAUCGCAUCACUUUAACUGAACCAUGAUGGAGUGAAAUCCAUGUCAACCCUCUCGGCAAUUUUAGUU